AUGUCUGCAACAACGCCCUUCACUCUCGACGUCCCGACGUCCCUUUGUAUCGCCUUUGCUCUGUCGUUUAUGCCCAUAGCCUAUGUGCUUGGCACGUCGCUGAUACCAUCUACUCAUACGCGAAACCGAAUCCUGUUCUACUGGCACGCCUACGACGCGUUGACCCAUAUCUUCAUUGAAGGGUCAUUUCUCUACGAAUGCUUCAAUAGUUACACUACACUCCCCACUGGAUUUGCCAAAGAGCCGUACUUCCUGGGUUAUAAGGAUCGUGUAUAUGGAGCCGCGUACGGCGAGGGACCCAGCGCUCGCUUGUGGCAGGAAUAUGCCAAAGCCGAUCAUCGCUGGGCUGGCGCAGAUGUCACUGUCAUCUCUCUGGAGCUGCUGACUGUGUUGCUCGGAGGCCCCGCUGCUGUGUAUGUUUGCUACUUGCUGUGGAAGGCAUCGAGCAGCCGGUCCAGUGCAUCGGCAAGGGGUACAGCUAAAGCUAAGCUCUGGUUGGUCGCUCCCGCGCUUGCUACCGCUGAGCUGUACGGCGGGUUCAUGACUUUUGCGCCGGAAUGGCUUACGGCUAGUUCGCAGCUGGACACAAGCAACGCGGUGUACCUCUGGUUCUAUCUGUUCUUUUUCAACACGUUAUGGGUGUGGAUCCCCCUUUGGAUUCUGUGGGAGGCGGCCAAGGAACUUCGUGCAGCGUUUGUAAAGGCAGAGAGUGCUGGUGAGAUAGAGAAGACCAAGUGA